AUGCCAGACCACCGGGGAGACCCAGGAACAACCCAGCUGACAGCAAAAGACAUCCUCCAUUGGCUGCAAGCAUCCAAAGCCAGGUGCACUGUAGCCAGUGAGGAGGUGAUCCCAGCAGUGGAGUCCAUUGUUUCAGAGUGUCCCGGCUUGAAGACCAAAUUCCUGUUGUCUCCACACAGCCAGAAUCGGUGGCUCAGCUUCCGAGAGUUAUUUCAAACCACCUCUGCAGAGCACAGCUGUGUGGAGACAGGAAUUCAAGAACCAAUGGCCAUUUAUUUCGCCAGUGGGACCACAGGCUCUCCCAACAUGGUCCAGCACUCUCAGAGCAGCCUCAGAAUUGGGUACACCCUCUGUGGAAGAUGUAAAUUCAAGAAGCUUCCGCAUUGCCUGAUGGGAGGGGAGCCACUCAAUCCAGAGGUGCUGGAACAGUGGAAAGUGCAAACUGGGCUAAUGCUGUAUGAGGGCUACGGACAGACAGGUGGUAUGUUUAAUGGACAAAGCUUAAGUUUAACCCUUCAACCCCAGGACUGCCAGCUGAGCCCCUGA